CUGUCUAUCAGAGCCCAUCGUUCAACAAUGGCGGACGCUGCUCCAGCCGGUGGACGUGGCGGUUUUCGCGGCGGAUUCGGAUCACGCGGUGGAGAUAGAGGCCGUGGCGGUCCUCGUGGACGCGGUCGUGGUCGCGGCCGUGGUCGUGGGCGCGGCAAGGAAGACCAGAAAGAGUGGGUUCCUGUCACCAAACUCGGCCGUCUUGUUCGCGAAGGAAAAAUCGACAAACUCGAGAGCAUUUACUUGUUUUCUUUACCAAUCAAAGAAUUCGAGAUCAUUGAUUUCUUCCUCGGCCCGUCCCUGAAUGAUGAGGUUCUUAAGAUCAUGCCUGUACAGAAACAAACACGUGCCGGACAGCGCACACGUUUCAAGGCAUUUGUUGCCAUUGGCGACAACAACGGUCAUAUUGGUUUGGGUGUGAAGUGCAGCAAGGAAGUCGCCACUGCCAUUCGAGGCGCUAUUAUCCUUGCUAAGCUGUCAGUUCUACCAGUCCGAAGAGGUUACUGGGGUAACAAGAUAGGAAAGCCACACACCGUCCCUUGCAAGGUCACCGGCAAGUGUGGUUCCGUAACAGUCCGGCUGAUUCCUGCCCCUCGUGGUACUGGUAUUGUGUCUGCGCCAGUUCCUAAGAAGCUUCUUCAGAUGGCUGGUGUACAGGAUUGCUACACGUCAGCUCGUGGUUCAACUGGCACCUUGGGAAAUUUUGCUAAAGCCACAUACGCUGCCAUUGCCAAGACAUAUGCCUACCUCACUCCUGACUUGUGGAGGGAUAUCCCGCUGACUAAGUCUCCAUACUCAGAGUUCAAAGUCUAAGACAGUCAUUGUAUAACAACUGAAUAAAAGAAUUUGUCUUA